AGCUUUUAGCAUCGAAAUCCUGACUUGUCCUCACUCAAGAUGUAUCAGCAAAGCGGUUUGCUGUUGGAUGAGCCCGAGACACGGGCGAAUCUGAUUGCCUUGGAGAGUGCAGCUCCGGACCAUUUCUCCAGAAAAUGCAAGAUCAUUUGCACGAUGGGUCCUGCCUGCUGGGACACGGACAUGCUGGUCAAGCUCAUUGAUCAAGGGUUGAACAUUGCCCGCUUGAACUUCUCCCACGGUGAUCACGAGGGCCAUGGGAAGACUGUGGAGAGAAUCAGGGAGGCCUGCAAACAACGUCCUGAUAAGCCCGUGGCAAUUCUGCUGGAUACCAAGGGACCGGAGAUCCGAACUGGCUUCUUCAAGGAAGAGCUUGCAGGUGGCAAAAUCAACUUGAAAGAAGGGCAGGAGUUGAAGCUUGUGACUGACUACACUUUCAAGGGUGAUGCCACUACCCUGGCGGUGUCUUAUCAGCAGUUGCCCACGGCUGUCAAGCCAAGCAGCAUCAUUCUGGCGGCUGACGGUUCUCUCUCUUUGAAAGUCAAAAGCUGCGGAAGCGAUCACGUGAUCACAGAGGUCAUGAAUGACAUUGCCAUGGGUGAGAAGAAGAACAUGAAUCUCCCGGGUGUAAAGGACAAAGACAAGAAAGAUCUUUUGGAGUUUGGAAUUCCACAGGCCAUUGACUUCGUUGCGGCCAGCUUCGUGCAGGAUGCAGAGGACAUCAAGCUGAUCCGCAAGACUUUGGGUGAAGGCAUCAAUAACAUCGACCAGAUUAUCGAAGCCACCGAUGGUGUCAUGGUUGCGCGUGGUGACAUGGGCAUGGAAAUCGACAUUGAGAAAGUCGGUUUGGUGCAGAAGAUGAUCAUCAACAAGUGCAAUCUCAAAGGUAAAUUCGUGGUGACCGCCACCCAGAUGUUGGAUUCCAUGGAGCGCGCUCCGCGACCGACUCGUGCUGAAGCAACGGAUGUCAACCGGCUGCAGGGACACAUCGGGACACAUUGCCUGCAACUGGUUGAAGUCUUGAACGCAGUUCUGGAUGGCACGGAUGUUGUGAUGCUCUCCGGCGAGACUGCCAGUGGCAAGUUCCCGGAACAAGCAGUUGCAACCAUGCGUCACAUUUGCCAAGUGGGAGAGAGGGUGAUGGACUACAAGGCAGGCUCUUCACUGAAUUGA